AUGAGCGCCGGCGAUGAUGACGACCUCAAGUUGCAGCGAGCAUCUGCGUCAUUACUCUCAGACUUUCGGCAACUGUUACCGCGCUUACUAAGGAAACGUAAGCAUGGCUCAGUGGCAGCUCAAGUGCGCCAGCACGUUCGAGAAGGUGACAUGCACAAGGCUUGUGAUCUGAUUGAACCCUUUCAAGAAGAUCCACAGAUCCUAGAUACUCACUUGAAAUCUUUCAUCCCACCAUUGGUCGACGCCUUCCUCGAAGCAAUCCAAGUAACGAUCAAGGAUGCUCCUAAAAAGGGCUUUGUACCUCUCACGCAUGCUAUCUGUUGUAUACUGAAUGUUUUCUGCAAAGUCAGAGGCGAGAAGGUCAUCAAAGGUUUCUUUAACAAUGAGCCCCGAUAUCUGGAGCCUAUCCUCAAUCACUUGGAGACCUUCCAAGGGCCUCAAGCAGAAGAAGAGAAAGGAAUAGGUCAACCAUCUAUAAGGCCGUGGGUUGAACGCCAUAUUCUGUUGCUAUGGCUUUCCCACCUUCUUCUAGCCCCGUUUCCUCUCGACUCCAUGUCUGCUCUCGAAUCCUCAGCAGCUACGUCAGAGGCGCUUGGAAUACAGCUUCCGGUCGAGAGUCCUGGUAUCAGUCUUCGAGUACUCACCAUAUGUCUUGAUCGUCUUCAAUCCGCGUCCAAGGAGCGGAGCGCCGCUGCAAAUCUCCUCGUGAGGCUUUGCGUACGUCCAGAUAUGCAGGAGCUUGGAUUGCUGCACACAAUGGUUGAGUGGUCCCUAUCCUUCUUCUCAAAGAUAUCGGAGGAGCACACCGAUAUCCAUCAGUGUCUGGGUGUACUGUCGUUCUUAUCUGGGCUCGUCGCUUCUGCCACCAAUGAGGAAAUCGGACCUAAUCUCGCUGCGAUAUAUCAGUCGUGCCGGAGGAUCCUGGAUACGCCUGGUCUCGAGUUCGUCAAAUCUUCUGCUGUGGCACGCAAGCUUAUCAUCAAGACAUUACGAACAAUUGUGAUCCACUGCCUGCAAGCGACAACACCACCUUCUGGCCUUGAUCCAACGUCAGCUCUCGAAGAAGUCAUUGAGUUCCUACUGGAAGCUUUGGCAGACGGUGAUACACCAGUGAGAUAUGGUGCAAGCAAAGCACUCAGCAUCAUCACACUCAAGCUUGAUGCGGAGAUGGCUGGGGAAGUGGUAGAAGCGAUCCUUGGCUCAUUGACCGAGAACGUAUACUGGCAGGGCUCGAAGCGCAACUUAAAUAGCGUUAACUCAUUACAAUGGCACGGACUGACCUUGACGCUGUCCCAGCUCUUGUACCGGAAAGCAAUAUCCAAUAGCCAUCUUCCUGAUGUCCUCAAUGCAUUAUUGCUGUCUCUUGGCUUCGAGCAGCGAUCGCCCACUGGUGGUUCUAUUGGUACAAAUGUACGCGAUGCAGCCUGUUUCGGGAUCUGGGCUCUUUCCAGGCGCUACUCCACAGCAGAUCUUCUCGCAGUAGAUAUUACAGCGAUCCGAGCCUCAGAACACAGAACAUCGCUACACGUGCCGCAGGUGCUCGCCAUCGAGCUCGUGAUUUCCGCAUGUCUGGAUCCAGCCGGGAACAUCAGAAGAGGCUCCUCAGCUGCUCUCCAGGAACUUAUCGGUCGUCAUCCCAACACGAUCGAGGAAGGUAUACCGCUGGUUCAAAUUGUCGACUUCCACGCGGUCGGCUUGAGGCAGAGGGCCAUGUGUGAAGUGGCUGUCAUGGCCGGAGAACUACAGGCCCUGUACUGGGAAGCACUCUUUGAGAGCCUGAUGGACUGGAGAGGGACGGGAUCUCUGGAUGCAGAUUCACGGCUCUUUGCCGCGAAAGCUGUAGGUCUCCUAUCUGCCUCACAGUCUCCAAGCUCAAUUCAACGGAUGUCGAAUGAAAUCAAAGCCAGGCUUACUGCUUUGCGACCACGAGAAGUGGAGGAGCGACAGGGUCUCGUAUCCGCUCUUGCAGCGCUCGCCAGAUCUGCCAAUUCGUUGGUAAGCGCCGACCAUUGGAAGGAAUCUUGUUGUAGUCUGUUAGAACUUUGGAAGCUGUUUGAAAGCGAGCUCAAUUUCGACGAGAAAGCAUUCAUGUCACCAACGUUGCGACCUGGGUUCACAGCAUCGUCAAUCUGCAACUUGAUCGGAGCCCUCGCCGCUAUGACUGUGAAGCUACCACAAGAGUUGCGGCCGGAAAAGAUCCCAGCACAACAGAUCACACGAUUGCUCAACCUCAGUCUCGGACGCAAUGAGGAACCUGUACUAGACGCAAUUUCCGACGCGACGCCGUCUAUUCUACAACUACUCUCUACGCUAGAGACCGCUGACCCUGAAGGUGUUAUAGCUGCGUGGCUGAACAUUCUGGAAAAUGAGGCCUCGUACAACGGUCGUCGAUGUUCGGGUCAGGCAGUUGCCCUUGGUGCUUCAUACGGUACCCUUGCCAGCUGGGGAAAUAACACUGCACGAGCCGCGCUAGGAAAUCGGAUUGUCAAGAUACUGACGUUUAGAUGCACAGCUGCAGUUGCUGUUGAAGCUCGAACAGUAGCCCUGCGGGCAUUGGGCACUCUGUUGAGCGGCAGUCUUGCCGCAAGGUCUUGCGCGUCUACCUACAUAGCCAUGGACGCAGAAGCACAAAUCGGCAGUGCCCUCCAUGUCGCUCUCAACGACUACACUAUCACGGAGCGUGGAGACGUCGGCUCGCUUGUACGUCUCGAGGCACUCAACACUGUCCGCUGCGCUUGGACAUCUGGGAGACUGCAGGACGAGGAAAGUGAAUGGGGUCACAAGAUCUAUGCAAAUGUCCUACGACUCUCACUCGAGAAACUGGACAAGAUGCGUGUCACCGCUGCCCACGUUCUCCAGCAUGGUCCACAGAGUACAAGCAAUGCCAACACCAAACUCCCCACCGACGACGUCUCAUCCCCAGCCUACUUCCUAGCCGCGCUCCAGUCCCUAAAGCGCGCCAGGAAUGCUCGAAUCAGAGAAGCAAUCAGCACAGGCUACGUCAAUUCUGCGGGCAUGGGCUCCGAGUCCGUGGUCCAGCAUGCUCGCAUCGCGCUUCUGGACUUUAUCGACACCCUACCUACCUCGAGUACUGGAAAUACUUCGACCUCGAACUUCUCUCUCCUCGACUUUGCUAGCUGUCUGACUAGCCUGCUCAAAUCAAACCUCGAUAACGAUAGAGUGCUCCUUCCUUUACUCGAAGUCUUGGCCUUUUUAUUCGACAUGCAAGUCCUCGAGCGCCUGCAAGACACGUCAUCCUUUAGCUUCCGCACCCUCCUCUCCCUCACCCAAAAAUCCCACUUCAAAUCCUCAAACAUGCAGAAAUUGCAUCUCGCACUCGACAUGUACCGUGGUCUUGCAGGUGUGCCGGCGACGCGGCAGGAUACGCUGAGGAAGGUGGUGGGUAUGCUUGUGCAUCCUUUUCCCAAGGUGCGUAUCACGGCGGCGGAAACAUUGUGGUUGGUUACGGGCGAGGAGGGGCUGAAGAGGUAUGAUUGGAGUGUGCCGAGUAAGAGCCUAAAGGGGGCGGUGGAGGCAGUGGGGGUGGCCGUAUUGUAG